AUGGCCCGUACAAAACAAGCAGGUCCGUCAAAAGCGGUAGCUGUCCCACAUCCGAAAGAAAAAGAGCAAAGAAACCCCAAGAACGCUCGAAAAUCUGAUCGUGGAGUGAAGAAACGUCGGUAUCGCCCAGGAACCGUAGCACUGCGAGAAAUUCGUCGCUAUCAAAAAAGUCCGCUCACGCUGAUUCCGAAAUUGCCGUUUCAACGUUUAGUCAAGGAAAUUGUGCAAACUCAAAUUGGUGAGUAUCGUUUUCAAUCGGCGGCUAUUGGUGCUCUACAAGAAGCCAGUGAAAUGUACUUGACUGAACUUUUCGCACUCACCAAUUUAUGUGCAAUCCAUGCCAAGAGAGUUACCAUUACACCCAAGGACAUGCAACUGGCUCAAAGAAUCCGUGGUGAGAAUAAGCAAUAA